ACUUGCCUUGCUCCCCGCGCCGCCGCUUGUGGGCAGCGACACAAAGGAGUAAACAGCGCAGGCGACGCGCGCGUCGCGCAGAGGAAAAAAAGAUGAGCACCGCCAUGGCCGUCGACCCGCCCAGCGACCUAGCAAAUGACCUCCAGGAGGCCGCUCCCUCAUCCGGGGAAGUCACGGGAGUCAUCCGCCCGCCGCCUGAUAUCAGGGCCAUCGUCGACAAGACCGCGCUGUUUGUGGCCAGAAAUGGGAAACAAUUCGAGGCUAGAAUACAAGCGUCGGCGGAGGGCCAGUCGCAAAAAUUUGCCUUUAUGAGACCCAACGACCCCUAUAACGCGUACUACGAGUUCAAGAUCCGGGAGGUGGAAGAAAAUGAUGGGGAGCUGAAAGUUGUCGAAAAGCCUAAGGUAGAAGCACCUGUGACGACCGAAGUGAAAGCCGCGGCGUCGACCGUGUCGAAGCGAGCCACGGUCGCCGCUCCCGUCCAACGGGCCCUGCAAGGUCUAGGUGAAGAAACGACACCUCCCGUACCGUUGACGGCGCAACUCACGACUCCAUCCAGUGUCACACCGUUAGAUGCGGAGAUCAUCAAGCUCACGGCACAAUAUACGGCCGCGUCCGGCCGACAGUUCUUGGCCGGAUUAGCUCAGAGAGAACAGCGGAACCCGCAGUUCGACUUCCUGAAGCCGACGCAUGUGUUAUUCUCCUAUUUCACGCAGUUAGUAGACGCCUACACGCGUGCCUUGGCACCUCCACCGGAGUUACGGGCCGAGGUCAAGCGCGUCGAGGACCCCGAACACGCCCUCAAACGAUGCGCGCGACGGUGGGACUGGAGUAGAAGAGUCGACGAGAAGGAGCGACGCGAGAAGGCGCUGCGGGACGCGGACCGGGCGUCGUUCCAGGCAGUAGAUUGGCACGAUUUUGUAGUUGUGGAGGUCAUCGACUUUCCCAAGGACGAGCUCGCGCUGCCGGCACAAGGUGGCGUCAGUGUGGAGGAGCCGGGCGCGCCGGGCAUGCAGGGCACGGCCGUGCCGCCGCCGCCGCCCCCGCUACCCCCGGCCGCGGAUAUUCAAGUGGUGCAAGAUUAUGUUCCUCGGGUCGCGUCCGGUGGCGUCGAGGCGCCGCGGACGAUGAAGGAUCCGUUGACGGGCGACGAGGUACCCAUCGAACGCAUGACGGAACACAUGCGCAUCCAGUUGUUGGACCCGCGAUGGCGGGAAGAGCAGCGCAAACUCGCGGCACGCCGAGGCGAGGACGACCGCGGCGACCGCGCCGGCGGCGAGGAGAUCGCCCAAUCCUUGGCAUCCUUCGCGGCGAAGCGCAACGACAUCUUCGGGAGCACCGAGGCCGAGGAGGCCGAGAUACUGGAGGCCAAACAGAAGGACGAGCCUUCCAAUAGUGGCGGCAUCAUCUGGGACGGCCACGGUGGCAGUAUCAAUAGGGUGCAGGCGCGCGUGUUGGACAUUCUCAACGAACAGAACGCUGGUCAGGGUACGUUGCAGCAGUCUACCGGUAGUGCCGCGCCGACGGUCCCGGGCUACGCGCCGCCUCUGGCCGGGGCGCCGCCGGGCAUGCGGGCGGCGCAGCCGAUGGACACGAGCGCGCCGCCGCCGCCGCCGCCGCCCCCACCACCUCCUCCACCGCCGCCGCCGAUGAGCGCGCCGCCGAGCGCGCCGCCGCCUCCACCGCCGCCGCCGCCGCCUCCACCACCGCCGCCGCCCACAGGACCGGUGUUAGUGGGCGGCAUGCUCGUCCACGGCGCCGCCGCGGCGGCCGCGCGCGCCGCCGCGCCGCCGCCGCCGCCGCCGCCGCCGCCCGAAGCGCCGCAACCGAAGCGGCCGCGCGUCGACCCGAGUACGGGCCUCAUGUCUGCUGCGGACUUCGCCGAGUCGUUGGGAGCCAACCGGACGGUCACGGUGCGCGUCAAGUGCCCCCUCGACGACUCGAACGCCGCGUGGUCUUUAUUGGGCCAGGAGGUGUCCGUCGAGGUCGACUGCGACUGUACGAUCAAGGAGGUCAAGUCGCGGCUCAAGGCCCAGUUGGGGAUGCCCGAGAACAAGCAGCAGCUCAAGCACUCUCGGUUGGGCUUCCUCAAAGAUGCGUUGUCGCUCGCGCACUUCAACGUCGCGUCGGGGACGUUAUUGGAUCUGGUGGUCCGGGCGCGCGGGCGGCGCUGA